AUGUCAGAAGUGAAGAUUAUUAGCCGUUUGAGGCAUAAAAAUUUGGUUCAACUUCUUGGUUGGUGCCAUGAACGAGCAGAGUUGCUUCUUGUUUAUGAAUUUAUGCCUAAUGGAAGUCUUGACACCCAUCUUUAUGCAGGCAAGAGAAAGGUUGUUUUACCCUGGGCAACGAGGUACAAAAUUGUACAAGAUUUGGCAUCUGCCUUGCUAUAUCUACACCAAGAUUGGGAACAAUGUGUAUUGCAUAGAGAUAUCAAACCAAGCAAUAACAUGCUUGAUUCCGACUUCAAUUCCAAGCUUGGAGAUUUCGGGCUGGCAAGACUGGUAGAUCACAAUCUUGGUGCACAGACAACU